GUAUACAAUGUGAAAAAAAUAAAAUAUGAGGGGAUGUUUUUAUAAUUAAAUGAAAAUAUUAAGGUACUUUUACAAAACUGGUAAAAUAUAGGGGUGCUAAUGUUUCCUAGAGAAAGUGCAUGCAAAUUUGUUAUAUAGGGACCGUGCCUGCCCAUGCUAAAAUUUUGUAUUUGUGCCACUGAUCUAAGCCAUGCUUGUGAAUCUCUCAAACCAUCUAACCAGACCCACAAACCACUUGAUUUCAUGCUACAUCAAAUGCUUUAACUCUUGGGCUUUGGCCAUUAAAAAUGCUUCUUCCCCUUUUAAAGCCCUGUCUCUCUACUCCAAAAUGCACCGUCACUCUGUUCCUUUUGAUACCUUCUCCAUUCUUUUCACCCUUAAAUCUUGUACCCAGUUCCAAGAUAUUGCACUCAUUCAACACCUUCAUGCCCACAUUCUCAAACUUGGCCUCAUUUCCCAUGUAUACGUGGCCACUUCUCUUCUCCACGCAUAUGUUAUCGCUUCCUUCGGUGAUGCCUGCCUAUUGUUCGAAGAAAUACCUGUAAGAAACACGGUAACGUGGAAUACAAUGAUAAAAGGAUACUCGAGGUCGGGAGAAUUGGAGAAAGCGAAUUCGGUGUUCAGAGAGAUGCCAAUCAGAGAUAUUGCAUCAUGGUCUGCCAUAAUUGCUGCCCAUGUAAACAAUGGGAUUUAUGAGCGUGGUUUAUCUCUCUUUCGAGAUAUGGUAAUGAAUGAGAGUUUAAAACCUGACCAGUUGAUUACUGGAUCGGUUUUAUCAGGUUGUGCCCACAUUGGUUCUCAUGGGUUAUUGAUGGGGAAAUCAGUUCAUGGAUUCAUGGCCAAGAAUGGGUGGGAAUUGAAUGUGGAACUUGGUACAGCUUUGGUUAACAUGUAUGGUAAAUGUGGAUUUCUGAAGAGUGCUUGUCAGGUUUUUCAACUAAUGCAGGAAAGGAAUGUCAUGUCUUGGACUGCUUUGAUUUGUGGUUCAGCACAGCAUGGCUUCAGUGAGGAAACUUUAUCAUUGUUUGAGAUGAUGCAAAAAGACGGUGUAACACCUAAUGAGCUGACUUUCACAGGGAUUCUUAAUGCAUGUGUGCAUACAGGAUUAGUGGAUGAGGGCCGCAGAUAUUUCAAGAUGAUUGAAGAAUGUGGUUUGGAGCCUAGAAUACAGCAUUAUGGGUGCAUGGUUGAUUUGUUUGGAAAGGCAGGGAUGCUAGAAGAAGCUUAUGAGGUAAUUAAGACAAUGAAACUUGAAUCCAAUAUGGUAAUUUGGACUUCCUUCUUGUCAGCUUGUAAGGAUCAUAGAAAGUUUGAAAUGGCUGAGAAAGUAGUUGAGCAGGUUUUAAGGAUGAUAAAACCAGAGAAAGAUGGUGGGGUUUAUACUCUUAUUGCUGAUUUGUAUGUUCUGGGUGGGAAGAGGGAUGAUGCAGAAAUGGUAAGGAAAUUAAUGGUGAGCGAAAAAGUGAGAAAGGUUAGAGGCUCGAGUUUUGUCAGAAGUGGAGCAUAGUUAUUUAUAUGAUAAUUCUAUUCUCUGAGUCUUGAGGGAACUGAUGAACAAUGAACUUUGCUUGGAGAUUGUUAACAUCUUUGGGGAGUUGAGCUUUCCGUGGGAUGAAAUAGUUCCUGUCAUCUAGAGUCGACAAGAAAUUUCACAUGCUUUGCUUCUUUUGUGUCGUAUAACUUCUGUUUAAUGGAGUAAGACGGAGAAAGGGUGAAUAAAAUGCUGAAGUGGAGUAUUUUGUCUGCAGUCUUUGGCAAUAUGCUAAGCUUAAGAAAUUAAGGAGAUGCAUGAAUUACAUGUGCCAAAAAAGGUUAAAGAUCCUGAAAAAUAACUGGACUGCUGGCAUCCCGCUUAAGAUGGUUAGAUGUUGAGUAAUUUCCACACUACUUGGUCAACUAAAUUAUAGUUUUGGGACAUGGAUUGAAAGGUCCAUCGAGAAGCAUAUAGACUUGCUGAUUGAUUAUAGAAGUUUCAUUCAUUUGUUUC